CCCAGAAGAAACCCCACCGCUCCCGGCGCUUCUAGUCCAGCGCUCGUUCCCUGGCAGCUGGCACGGCGCAGCCGUUCUCCUCGCUCGCCCCGACAGGCCGCCACACCGCCCACAGUCGUCGUGCGCGCGCUCCCGAACCUUGCUCCACUCCUACACCAGCCGCCGCCGCUGCGCGGAUGGCGGCCUCCGGUCCUCCCCCUAACUCCCCCUUCGCACCUUGCUCCACUCCUACACCAGCCGCCGCCGCCGCUGCGCCGAUGGCGGCCUCCGGCCCGCCGCUCGAAGACUGCCUCCGCCUGCUCCGCGGCGAGCGCGACGAGCAGAAGCUGGCGGGCCUGCUCGUCGCCACCAACCUCUGCCGCGCGGGCGACAGCGACGCCGUCUCCAAGGUCUACCGUGCCGUUGGGCCCCGCUUCCUCCGACGCCUCCUCAACACCGGGUUAGGGAAAGUGGAGGGCGGGAAGGAGGAGGAGCGAGAGGCAUACCUGCGGCUCGCCGUCACCGUGCUCGCAGGGCUCGCGCGCGUCCCGGAGGUUGCGGCCGACGAGGGGGUCGUUUCCACUGUGCCCCUAGUCGCCGAGGUUAUCACGAAAUCGACUGAUCCAGCAAUCACUGAAGAAUGCUUUGAACUUCUGUCACUUAUUGCAAUAGCCUCUGAAGAUGGGGCAUAUAAGUUUUGUGAGCCUGGUGUAGUAGACAUGAUAUUCCUUCAAAUCUUAAGCUUAACAGAUGGUUCUAAGUGCAUAGAACUUGCCAUUAACCUAAUGCAGUUACUAGUUCAUAAACUCAAAGUUGACACUAUGAGUGUGGAGAAACUGCAAGGCAUGACUAGCAUGGUAACCUGCCUUGCCAGGCUUUUUGCUGUUCUCCAUACUGCAGUUAAAUUUGAUGCCCUGCACAUGCUUACCACCCUCCUGUCCCAAAAAGAAUCUCCACUUCAUGAUUCUUUGAGAUCAAUACCGGCAUCAAUUUGGGAAUCUCAUAUUCGAGUUGGAAUCACUGCCAUUCUCCAAAAUCGUGUUGUAUCCUCUGAAAAGCUGCACACACUUCUUUUGGCGGAGUGCAUGAUGUCCAUACUAGGCGAGAAUUGGUUGUCAGAAGAUUUUCAUGUCCCGGAUAAUCAAAAUGUGUUGCCUGUUGACAAAUUCAUGUUGCUUGUCCUCGAAUCCGCAAGGGUUGAAGUGGCAGUCCUGCUAAAUGAGCUUGCUUAUCUGAAGUAUGAGUCGUCAAAAACUUCUCAGACAGAUGAAGCCAUCUGUCAGAAACAGAGAAACCUGGCUAUACUAUUUUCAUUAAUAGAAAAAAUAAUCAAAAUGAUAUCAAAUGCCAGUAGUGGUGAAGGUGCACCAAUUCAGACCAUCCAUGAAAGUACCAUAAUGCAGGCCAUUACGGGAUUAAAUGAGACAAUCAGUUUAGUCUUAGAUUUUCUUCAGGACGCAAAGGAUCAUGGUCAACAGAAAGGUGAUGAUCUUUUGGCAGCUGCAAGAAUAGUAGGAAGUUAUCUGGCAGAAGCACCAUAUGCCUGCAAGGAGAAGACUGGAAAUCUAUUGGAAUUUAUCUUUUCUAUAGAAGGUCAAGAUGAAUCAAGCCCCUUCUAUUCUAUUUGCUUCAUGCUUCCAAUGCUAUCCCAAAUAACAAUGGAGGUUGAUGGGUGUAGAACUUUGGCAUCAUUUGGCGGCUAUAAGGCAGUUAUAGAUUGCCUUGUUAAAAUGAGUGAGCAGGAUGGAAUGAUGAUUGACAAUGGUAGCAUGUUUUUGGCAUGUGACACCAUCAUAAAUUUCAUGUCUAAUAGGAAGAGUGUUCAUAUUCCAGUGGAUUCUCGCUUCAUUCGCCUUCUAAAGGCACUUGUUACAUGGGCUGGAACCACAGAUGCCUCAUCAGUUACCAUGACAGCAUCCUGCUUAUGUGCAAUGCUGUUGGAGUUGACGUCAGAAGAGUUUCUAUUGAGCUGCUCUCAUUUUGACGCCAAGACCCUUGGGAGUUUGGCUGAGCUCAUUAUCAGAAGUUUGCAACAGGAUAUCCCUGAUGAUGACAGGGAGCAAUUCAACCAGAAGCAGAUCAUUGUAUCAGGUUAUAGGCGAUGGGCUGAUCGGUUUCCACAUGUUAAAGAAGUUGUGGAGCAGCAUGUGUCUGUGUGAUCAUCUGCUACCCCCAGGAGCUGUUCUCCAUGAAAUGCAAACCUACAAGGGGAAUCUAACAGUGCAACUAUGUAGAUGCCUCAGUUCUGAUCUUUGGUGGUUCAUUCCCUCUACCUGGUAUUUGCCUGUGACCUGUUGCUGAUGUGAUUUUGGUUAUGGUAUCUCGGCUUACGAUAGUUCUGCAAUGGGGAAUGUUAGGUUAGCAUAAUUCUCCAGCGGCAGCUGAUGAGAUACGAAUGUGGUUCAGAAAGAUGCAUUGUUUAUCCGGGUAAUCCUCAGCAGCGAAGCAAGUCUGACACUGGAAUCCUUCACCAUUUCUCUACACUAACAUCUUUUUAUAGAACGUAUUUAACAGACGUUUCGCAUGUAUAGAGAGAUUGUAUCAAGGGCAGUCCCAUCUAGUCCAUUAGUCCAGGAUGGUCUAAAGAAUAUGCCCCUUUUUUGGCAAAUCACGACGUGCUUGUUUGUUGUCAAUGGGGACGUCAGCUGCCCAUCGAAAUAACGCAUGGAGUCAAGGUGAUAAUUUGAGCUCGAGUGGAUCGGUUUUGUCACGAA